UGUUCCCAUCCAUGUUAUUCAUCUAUUAUGCUGUCAUUAGUUUUUUUUCCCCCAACUAAUUACCAAAAUGAACAUGGUCUACAUUGUUUUGCUCACUUAAAUAAAACGACAUUUUUGUAUUGUACCCUGGGUUCAUGAAGACCAUGCUGUCUUUUAACUUUAUUAUUUUUUUCUGCAUAUACUGACUGUUCUUUAUUCAUUUCUUUACUUUCUCCUCUCUUCUUCUUCAGUCAAGUUUAACGGCAGCUUGCAUCCACUUUCUCCUCUCAAUUCCGCUGAGAUUAAUUCCCGCUCUACUGUACAAGACUUGUGAAUGGUUACCUGGAGGGAUGUACCACUGUGAGAGGGGUGAUACGGAACAGUCCAGCUUUGGAGUUUUCCGCCAACAGCACGGAGGUGGGCCAGUGCGCAGACCAAGAGGCGGGAGAACCAGACAUCGCCAGUUAACGUUUAAGGUGUCAGUACUAAGGAAUCCCACACUGACACACUACCGAUCUCAUAGGGAUGCCACUCCUGCUACUCGGGUGGUCGUUCCUGUAAACCUAAAUGCAGCUGAAUUCAGGCAGGCACUACGGGACAAUAUUGCAGACAUACCCUUGCAGUUCGAUCUAUGCAAAGUGAAUGGACAGCGGCUCAUUCUUCCUCUUGAAGAGGAGACGCCCCAAGAAAUUAGAGCAAGAAACCUACUGGGUCGCUCCAAUCUUUAUAUCCGUCCAAAGAUUACAGAAGCCAAUGAGGACUCAACUGGUGGAGAAGUUGUGCAGUCUGAGAUGGCAAUUGUGCUGCAUGACACCGAGACACCUGACCAUAGCAGGCACAAUGUACAGGAGCCAGAGGUUAUCAGUGGUCUGCAUGAAAACCAUACAGCUCAUUCUAGUAGGCAUGGUCUCCAGGAACCAGAGGUUAACAGGCAAGUGGUAGUUGUUGAAUAACAUGCCAAAACUUAAGUGUAAACUGGAACUUAUAAAGCACACACCAUAGGUAAAUAGACACUCAAUAAGUACAAUAUACGGGGUGAGACCAGCGAAUAUUAAAAUUUGAAAGGUUGCAUGUAUUGAACUGAUAACAUUUAUGUGCUCUGAAUAUAGACCAAUGGUUUAAUUGCCUCAUUCGGUUUCUGUUUUGCUUUUUCAUGUUUUUCAGAUUUGUUGAUGUCAUGAUAUUGGUAUUUUUAAUUGCUGAAAAUGCAUCGAUAACACUUUAGUCAGCCUGACCAUUCAGACACUUGGAACUACAAAUCACCCAAACUAUUCCCAGUAAAUGGGCAGUUCCUUAUGUUUCACAAAAAAAGUAAAAGAAGACACUGCUGCCCUGUGAUAAUCUUUUGUGCGCAGGAAAACUGCACUGUCAAAACUUGAAA